AGUUCUGCAGCUAGGUAGACUUAACAUUACCGGUCUUAAGAUCUGCCCGCUCAUUGCACAGUGUGAUGAAAGAUUUACGCCACUUAUCAAAUGAUAAGGAAAAUAGGAACAGAAGGAUACUGGAACAGCUAGAAGAACAGAAGAGACGACUUCGAGGGGGACAUGGUGGGUCAGUGAGUAGCCCCAUUACAAACAGUGCCCCUGCCGUCCCGCCCCCUGUGUCUUUGCCAGGAAAUAUCAGUUUGGUAAUGGAAACCCAGCAUAUGACACCUGCCCAAAGGACAGCCUUACAGCAUGCCAAUGCUAACUCAGUGGGCUACUUUAUCACCCAGGACUCUUCAUUUGGCAACUUAAUUUUACCCGUCUUACCCAGAUUUAAUGAGAAAUAGCAUUUAUUUAUUGCCUUUAUCAUUGUAAAUAUCAUCUGAACAUUUUGAAUAAAAUCAUGUUACAAAACAAA